GAAGAGAAAGGGCUUUGGGGGCGGGGCCUGAAGAAUUCGGACCUGGGAGUGAUGUGAUUGAAAAAAGCGUUUAUCAUACGAACUUCACUGGGCUUUUGUAAUGGUGAAAGGAAAUAACCCGUAAACGAUGCCAGGCACAUAGAGAGCACUGAGGAGAAGUUCACCGUUAUUGUUAUUCUUACAAUCCAUAAGUCCACACCAAAAACAAACUGCUGACUCCCCCCAGCCUGUCUCCCCAACUCUGCCAGAGGUAGCCCCACCGGUGCCCUUCCGUACAGACAGACCCAGGGUCUGACCUCCUCUCAGUUUCCACUGCUCACCUGGACCAGUGCAGUCAGCUCACCCCAUCCCCAGCUGCAUCCUCCAGACAGCAGAGGGGUCCUCCUGAAAUACAAAGAAAUCACUGCCUUCCUGGGACUUCUGUGCCAUGCAGGGGAAAGCCAGGACCCUGCUGUCGCCUCCCACCUUACUCCAAUAACCAGGCCCCUUCUUAAACACCCCAGGCUCCAUCCACCCUCUGUGCCUUUGCACUGGCUGUUCCCUCCACCUGCAGUACUCCUCCCCAGAUAUCUGCAUGCCUCUGUGUGUUCCCUUGCACGUAUGCUCACAUGUCUUUUCCCCGGUGAGGUCUCUCUUGCCCUCUGUUUAAAAUGCAGCCUUCCCCCCUGACACACACAUGUAAGAACCAAGGGCAGGUAUUGGGUCCUUUUCAUUCCUCAGGGUGACCCAGCAUCCAGCAUGGCAUUCAGCACCCUGCAGGCACUUGGCAAAGGCAAGCCAGUCCUCCCUGUCACUUCCUCCUUCAGGUGGUCAUUCUCUUCCUCAGGUGACUGUUCUCAGUGUGUGACCUGUGGCAGGUGGGCACAAUGGAUCUAGCUUAUGUCUGCGAGUGGGAGAAGUGGCCCAAGAGCACCCACUGUCCGUCAGUGCCCCUGGCCUGUGCCUGGUCCUGCCGCAACCUCAUCGCUUUCACCACGGACCUCCGGAAUGAUGACCAGGACCUGACCCGCCUGAUCCACAUUCUGGACACGGAGCAUCCCUGGGACGUGCACUCCAUCAGCUCUGAGCACAGCGAAGCCAUCACCUGCCUCGAGUGGGACCAGUCAGGUGAGGGCGGGGCUGGUAAGGUUGGUAGGGUCCUCUGUGAACCCUCGCUCACUCCCCUGCAGUCAGGUGCCUCCAGCUUCGGGGAGAAGUUCUCCCGAGUCAAGUUCUCACCGUCGCUCACUCUGUUUGGGGGCAAGCCCAUGGAGGGCUGGAUCGCAGUGACAGUCAGCGGCCUGGUCACUGUGUCCCUACUGAAGCCCAGCGGGCAGGUGCUGACAUCGACGGAGAGCCUGUGCCGGCUGCGUGGCCGUGUUGCCCUGGCCGACAUUGCCUUCACGGGUGGCGGCAACAUUGUGGUGGCCACGGCGGAUGGCAGCAGCGCCUCCCCCGUGCAGUUCUACAAGGUGUGCGUGAGUGUGGUUAGCGAGAAGUGUCGCAUCGACACCGAGAUCCUGCCCUCGCUCUUCAUGCGCUGUACCACCGACCUCAACCGCAAGGACAAGUUCCCCGCCAUCACCCACCUCAAAUUCCUGGCCCGAGACAUGUCUGAGCAGGUGCUCUUGUGCGCUUCCAGCCAGACAAGCAGCAUCGUGGAGUGCUGGUCCCUGCGGAAGGAGGGGCUCCCCGUGAACAACAUCUUCCAGCAGAUCUCUCCUGUAGUUGGCGACAAGCAGCCCAUGAUUCUCAAAUGGCGGAUCCUGUCAGCCACCAACGACUUGGAUCGAGUGUCUGCCGUGGCACUACCCAAGCUGCCCAUCUCGCUCACCAACACUGACCUGAAGGUGGCCAGCGACACGCAGUUCUACCCUGGCCUUGGGCUAGCCCUGGCCUUCCAUGACGGUAGCGUCCACAUCGUGCACCGGCUGUCACUGCAGACCAUGGCCAUCUUCUUCAGCUCCACAGCUCCGCGCUCCAUGGAUGAGCCAGCAAUCAAGCGCCCUCGGACCACGGGCCCCACCGUCCACUUCAAGGCCAUGCAGCUGUCCUGGACCUCCCUGGCCCUCGUGGGCAUUGACAACCAUGGGAAGCUGAGCAUGCUGCGCAUCUCGCCCUCCAUGGGCCACACGCUGGAUGUGAACCUGGCCCUGCGGCACCUGCUUUUCCUGCUGGAGUACUGCAUGGUGACUGGCUAUGACUGGUGGGACAUCCUGCUGCACGUGCAGCCCACCAUGGUGCAGAGCCUGGUGGAGCGGCUGCACGAGGAGUACACGCGCCAGAAAGCUGCCCUUCAGCAGGUCCUCUCCACCCGGAUCCUGGCCAUGAAGGCUUCGCUCUGCAAGCUGUCGCCCUGCACCGUGACCCUCGUGUGCGACUACCACGCCAAGCUCUUUCUCAUCGCCAUCAGCUCCACUCUCAAGUCCUUGCUGCGCCCACACAUCCUCAACACCCCCGACAAAAGUCCCGGCGACCGGCUGACCGAGAUCUGCGCCAAGAUCACAGAUGUUGAUAUCGACAAGGUCAUGAUCAACCUCAAAACAGAGGAGUUUGUCCUGGACAUGAACACACUUCAGGCCCUGCAGCAGCUCCUGCAAUGGGUGGGCGACUUCGUGCUCUACCUGCUGGCCAGCCUGCCCAACCAGGGCGCCCCUCUGCGGCCUGGGCAUAGCUUCCUGCGGGACGGCACCUCGCUCGGCAUGCUGCGGGAGCUGAUGGUCGUCAUCCGCAUCUGGGGCCUGCUGAAGCCCAGCUGCCUGCCCGUGUACACAGCCACCUCUGACACUCAGGACAGCAUGUCCCUGCUCUUCCGCCUGCUCACCAAGCUCUGGAUUUGCUGCCGUGAUGAGGGCCCCACAAGUGAGCCAGACGAGACCCUCGUUGAUGAGUGCUGCCUGCUGCCCAGCCAGCUGCUCAUUCCCAGCUUGGACUGGCUGCCCGUCAGUGACGGCCUGGUCAGCCGCCUGCAGCCCAAGCAGCCCCUGCGUCUGCACUUCGGCAAGGCUCCCAUUCUCCCUGGCAGCGCCACCACCUUGCAGCUGGAUGGCCUUAUCAGGGCAACGGGCCAGCCCAAGAUUGACCACCUGCGGCGGCUGCACUUGGGAGCCCACCCCACGGAGGAGUGCAAGGCCUGUACGAGGUGUGGCUGUGUGACCAUGCUCAAGUCGCCCAACAAGACAACAGCUGUCAAACAAUGGGAACAGCGCUGGAUCAAGAACUGCCUGUGUGGGGGGCUCUGGCGGCGGAUGCCCCUCAGCUGCCCUUGACUGGGGCCCCCAAGCCCUGUAAAUAGAUUCCUGAUGGAUUUUAUAGGAAGGUGAUUCUGUCCCUUCGCCAGUGACAGCAUUCCACACACGCAGGACCUUUAUUCGUGCAUUAAAAAAUGGUCAUCCGUGGCCCUGGCCAGGUAGCUCAGCUGGUUAGAGCGUGGUCCCCACACAGCAAGGUCGGGGGUUGAGUCCCUAGUCAGGGCACAUACACGAAUUAGCCAAGGAACGCGUAAGUGGAAUAACAGUCGAUGUUUCUCUCCCUCUAAAAAUCAAUAAAUUUUUUUUAACUAGUCA